AAACAGCACUCCCAUUUUUGUCCAAAUCAAACACAUUUCUUAGCAUAUAAAUUUGGUCACGUUGUACCUCGAAAAAUAUCCUUGACUGUAAGAAUCUAAUUAAGAUAUUUUUCCAAGAUUUUCUCAAUGGCUUUGCAGGCUGCUACUCUUCUUCCUUGUGCAUUUUCCAUUCACAAAGAGGGAAAAUCCGGCGCCUCUUCCAAGGACUCAUGCCUCUUUGGAGUAACAUUUUCCGACCAAAUCAAAGCUGAUUCUUCACUGAAAACGAAGAGAGAGUUGGGGUGGAGGAUUAGAGCGCAGACAGCAGCGACGGCGGCCCCGACGUUCGCCCCGGCCACGCCACAAGGGAAGAAGACUCUCCGGAAGGGCACGGUGGUGGUGACCGGAGCCUCGUCCGGAUUGGGGUUGGCCACCGCCAAGGCCUUAGCCGAGGGCGGCAAAUGGCACGUGAUCAUGGCGUGCCGUGACUUCCUCAAGGCGGAGAAGGCCGCGAAAUCGGCGGGGAUGGCCAAGGAGAACUACACCAUCAUGCACUUGGACCUGGCGUCACUCGACAGCGUGAGGCAGUUCGUCGACAACUUCAAGCGUUCAGGGCAGCCUCUGGACGUGCUCGUGUGCAACGCGGCCGUGUACCAGCCGACCGCAAGAGAGCCUUCGUACACAGCCGAAGGGUUCGAGCUGAGCGUGGGCACCAACCAUCUCGGCCACUUCCUCCUCGCAAGGCUGCUGUUGGACGACUUGGUGAAGUCGGACUAUCCAUCGAGGCGGCUCAUAAUCGUGGGGUCGAUCACAGGGAAUACGAAUACGCUGGCCGGGAACGUGCCUCCGAAGGCAAACCUUGGAGAUCUGAGAGGCCUCCAAGGCGGGCUAAACGGGCUCAACACGUCGUCCAUGAUAGACGGUGGGGACUUCGACGGGGCCAAGGCGUACAAGGAUAGCAAGGUGUGCAACAUGCUGAUAAUGCAGGAGUUCCACCGGCGCUACCACGAGGACACCGGCAUCACCUUCGCGUCCCUAUACCCGGGCUGCAUCGCCACCACGGGGCUCUUCCGGGAGCACAUCCCCCUCUUCAGGCUGCUCUUCCCUCCAUUCCAGAAGUUCAUCACCAAAGGCUUCGUGUCAGAGGAAGAAUCUGGAAAGAGACUCGCGCAGGUUGUGAGCGAUCCCAGCUUGACCAAAUCUGGAGUUUACUGGAGCUGGAACAAGGACUCCGCCUCCUUCGAGAACCAGUUGUCGCAGGAGGCCAGCGACCUUGAAAAGGCAAGAAAACUCUGGGAAGUCAGCGAGAAGCUCGUCGGAUUGACCGACUGAGCUCAGCGUCGCCGGAAUUUUGGGUUGAGCCUUAUAGAGGAUUUCACUUGUUUAGGAUAUCAUAAUAAAAUCACUCAAUCCAUGCUUUUUUUU